AGCAUUUCAGUAUGGCCCUGAGCUCUCAUAUAUCAAGCAGUCCUAGCCUCUACUAUUUCCUCCCAGCAACCCCCACUACCAACUUCUCUUACCAGUCCCGAUUCCAAGCCACUUCUUCAUACAUUCUCCAAAUCUCUUCUCACAACAGCCAUCAUGACCUCUGACAUUACCGAGCAAGCCAUUUCUGGAAGCGCUGCCGCUUUUCCUCCAAUUUCCGGCAUCUGCACCUGCGGCACCGCAACAUCACACACCUACCUCACACCCAUAAUCGGGUGCGUCAACCGCCGAUGCCGCCCCCGGUACUACCAUCUCAACUGUGUAGGGCUGGAAGAUCGUCCUGUGCAUUGGCCUUGUCCUUCCUGCUCGUCCUCACACAAGCGCAAGUCAGAUAACUCUGACGACGACAUGCCGCGCAAGAGGUGCAAGACAUCUGAGCUCGUACACUUUGCCGCCGACUUUCCCCCUGCUGUCGUCGAACAACUGCCCGCUGAGGGCUCUGGUGCCGACAACGACGCAGAGAGUGAGGAGAAUGAGGGGGCUGGUGACGAUGUAGUCGCCGGGCUUCCUGCUGUUGGUGCCAGUGGAGACACACCAAUCCUGAUUGCCGACGACGACGAUGGUUCCGCCUCUGCUUGUGACGGCGGCUUUCCAGGUGGCGGCUACAAUACGCCAGAACUAGAGCACUACUGUAUCCGAGCCUGUCGGCGCAAGACCGAUGGAAUGGUUGCAUGCGAUGGGAAGGAUUGCAUAGGUGAGUGGUUCCAUUUUGCCUGCGUUGGGAUGACAUCGAAGACAGUUCCCGAUGGGGAGUGGUUUUGCGAUGAUUGUGCUUGGGAGUGAGAAGUGGUGUUGAUUUGCAUCACUGGAAAGUCACAGACUGUUUUAUGGGUUUUUAUCAUUAGCUAGUUAUGUCGCCAACGCAAGAAGUCAAACACCACCAGCCUGCAUAGUCAUAACCGAUUCUCUCGUUAACG